AUGGAUUCCAACCAAGAAGCGACAAUCCCUUUGACAUUUUGGGUAAACGAAGGAGAAGAAGAAGAAAAAUAUGUAGUUAUAGAAGCAAGUGGAGACUUUGUAGAUGUUCUCUUUAGUUUCCUUACCCUUCCAUUGGGAACCAUCAUGCGGCUUGUGUCCAAGAAGAACAAACCCUUAGAGAUUGGUUGCAUCAACAAUCUGUACCAUAGUGUGGAAAAGUUUAGCACCGAUGAUGUUUUCUGGAAUCAUAUGUGCAAGCAAAUGUUGCUUUCUCCACGCAACCCUUUAGAAGCCUCUUGCAAGAGACUAAAAGUGAAGGUAGAUGAUACUGAGCCCACAAAGUAUUUAAUGUGUGGAAGAUGUUCAAAAGGUGGUGACUUGCUGCUGAGUACUUUUGAUGGGGCAAGGUGCUACUGUGGGAAUUUGAUGAGGAUAGAAAUGAAGCUGGCGGAAGAAUCCAAGAAAGAGGCUUCUGGGGACAAUGGUUCUUUUGUUAAAAGGGAUGCCAUGUUCUUGAUCUUUAAUGAUUUGAGAGUGCUACAAAGCUCCCCAGGUAACACCAUUCAACAACUAAGGCAACUUGGAUACAAAGACAUCAAUAAGAUAACAAAAAAGACUUUAAACGUUGGCAAGGACGAGAUAUUUAGCACAUUAGAGCAAGCAUUAACCUCCAAAUCUCUUCUAUGUGAUGCACUCUUGACAAAAAGAGGACCUAAGCCAAUGAUGUACUCACCAGAUACUGACCCAAGUCAACAUAUGAGUUUUAUAAAACUUAAGAUAACAAUGAGAAAAUCAGAGAACAAGAUUUUGUUCGUUGAAGCAGAGGGAGAUUUUGUAGAUUUUCUAUUCAGUUUCCUCUCAAUACCUCUUGGAUCUAUUCUGAAUCUUAUGAAUGGCAAAUCAUCCUUAGGAAACAUUGAUAACUUGUACACAAGUGUGAAGAAUCUCAAUCCAUCUUGGUUCAUAGGGUCAUCAAAGAAUUCUUUAUUGAAUCCAGGGGUAGCUAAUAAAUUUGGUUGUGUAAGCCAGCCAAUGCUUGUUCCAGAAGAAGACACUCCUAGAUAUUGGUAUGGCAGUGUAGUAGGGAAAGCUAAUAUCAGACGUAAUAUGAUUUCAAAGAAUAAAGAUAUGGUUGAAGAUCCAGUAGCUCUGAAACUUUUUGAUCCAAGAUCUUCUGAUGGAGCUAGAGAAUCUCCCGUGGGAUUUACGAAGAGGCCAUUCCUAUUUGUUGUGAGUGAUGAUUUGCAAGUGAAACCAAUGACAACUACUUCUAGCAUUUUGUAUGUGCAAGAGUUGAAUGUGCCAUUGGAUGAUUUUGAGGAGCAUUUGGUGGAAAUUAAGAACUCAAGGGAGGCACUGAACCUAUUUUGGGCUUCUUUGACAUCCAAAGUUGCUUUGACCCAUAGCUUAUUCCACCUGGUGAAGAAAAGGGAAUGCGAAAUGUGUAUUCUGGGAUGUAUUAGAUGGAAGAAAGAUAGAUAUGGAAACAAAGGAAGAGAUGGGAAGAAAAAGGAAAAAGAAGAAGAAAAAAUUGAGAAAUGUAAUAGUAAAGAAAAAGAAGAAGAAAAACUCGAGUAAUGUAAUAG